UCGGUUCCAACUUGUGGAAAAAUGAAGUUAAAAUCACUGCCUCUCGUUCCCACUCAAACUUAGCUAGCGCAACACAAGCAACAAAACACAAACAAGCGAACAAUAGUUCACAACUAAAGGAAGAGGUUGUUGAAGAGAUAGAGAUACAUAGUGUUUGUGUUAGUGUUAUUUAUGGUGUCCCUCAACCUCAACCCAAACCCACCUCAAACUUUUCACUUCUUCGACCCCUUCAACAUGGAGGAUCAGAAUAAGAAGGUCCGAAAACCUUACACCAUUACCAAGUCCAGAGAGAACUGGACCGACCAGGAGCAUGACAAGUUUCUCGAAGCUCUUCACUUAUUCGACCGUGACUGGAAGAAGAUUGAAGCAUUUGUAGGUUCAAAAACAGUUAUCCAGAUAAGGAGUCAUGCACAGAAGUAUUUCAUGAAAGUUCAGAAGAAUGGCACAAGUGAACAUGUACCUCCCCCUCGUCCAAAGAGAAAAGCUGCUCAUCCCUACCCACAAAAGGCAUCUAAAAAUGCUCUUACUAUAUCCCAAGUUGCGCGGCCAUUGCAAUCUUCAUCUGCUUUAUCUGAAUCAUCACACAUCUAUAGGCCAGAUUCAUCAUCUGUGGUUAGAACUCCAGUUAGCAGUGUGCCAUUGCCAUCUUGGGUUUAUAAUGUUACACCACCAGUCAGUCUUCCCCGAGUGACUAAAGAUGAUAUGGUGUUGAUGAGUCAACAAAUCAAUCCUUUCAGCAGUAGUAAUGAGAGCACUCCUAGGGGUUGGCCAAUUAGCAAACAGACAGAUCAGGGUGACCAAGGCAAGCCAACUAUAGUGAUGCCAGAUUUUGCACAAGUCUAUAGCUUCAUUGGCACUGUAUUUGAUCCAAAUGCAAUUAAUCAUCUACAGAGGCUGAAACAGAUGGACCCAAUAAAUGUAAAAACUAUAUUGCUAUUGAUGAGAAACCUCUCCACCAAUUUAAGGAGUCCUGAAUUUGAGAAUGAAAGAAGGAUGCUGUCAUUGUACUAUGCUAACAUGGAGAAGGAAAAAUCCAGUAGUCAUCGAAGCCAACCCCUCACUGACAGAUCAGAGAGUGUUGUCUUAUCUGCUUAAGGUGUUACCAAUGGUUUAUCAGGAACAUAGUUUUUAAAUAUCUUCCAAAAACACAAUAAGCUUUCCUCUCAGCUACCACUAACUCCAAAUGGUGAAAUAUGGGGCACAAGAGGGGAAAGGAUUACAGGUUUUACUAACAGUUUGUAGGUUGCAGAUACUUGCAUGUGUGCAUGCGUGCACGUGUAUGUAGUUUACUGUCCUUUAGGCUUAUGUGUGUAUCUUAUGAAGAUGGUUGUCAUAGGAAUGCAGGAUAAUGAGUCCAGAGUCCUGUUAAGGUAACCUGGAGGCUGUACUGUACAGAAUAUUGAGAGCGUCUGUGUGUAAUGUUGUGAUGGUUUUUUCUACAAUUUAGUAUACAAGAGCGGUGCUAUGAUUUAGGAGGUGCUACCUGUGUUGUAUAUAAACCAAAAGCAAUAAAGAGCAUAUAUAAAUUGUGAUUAUUUCAUGCAUGCACAUGCACA